AUGGCAAAGGCGACCACAAUCAAGGAAGCUCUCAAGCGCUGGGAGGAAAAGUACAAAGUCAACCCUGUCGAGGCGAAGGAUUUGGAGUUGCAAUUCCAAUGGCCGCCCAUCGAGAGGAUGGACAAUACUUUGGGCACUCUUGUGGCCUGCGAAUUUCUCAGUCUCUCCACGAAUAUGAUCGACAAGAUCUACGGACUGAACGGAAUGAAGAACCUCCGGGUGUUGUCACUCGGCCGGAACUAUAUCAAGCAAAUUUCCGGGCUGGAGUGCGUGUCUGAGACACUGGAGGAGCUCUGGCUCAGUUACAAUCUCAUUGAGAAGCUGAAGGGCAUGAAUUGCCUGAAGAACCUCCGCGUGUUGUACCUCAGCAACAAUCUGGUGAAGGAUUGGGCAGAAUUCAAUCGCUUGCAGGAGUGUCCCAGCCUCGAGAAUCUCCUCUUCAUUGGCAAUCCCCUGAUGGAGACCAUGGAGGAGUCCCUGUGGAGGGCAGAGGCCACUAAGCGACUGCCUCUGCUCAAGAAACUCGACGGAGAGACUGUGCUUCGCGAGGAAGAGGAACAGUAG